AUGACUCAAAAUAUAUCUAGUUUGACAAAGUUAAAACUUGCACAAUGUCUCGCUGAAAUCUGGAAAGAGUUUGCAGAAGAAAUCCCUUUACCAAAAUAUAAGAUAGCUUCUAUUGAACAAGAACAAAAACUGUUAGUAGAAAGAGCUCAUCGUGUACUUACUUUUUGGUACCAAUCUGAUCCUGAUGCAUUUAAUGAAAACAACAUAAAAAUGAAGUUAAAAAGUUUAAAGCGGAAUGAUAUAAUUAGAGCUGUGUUUGGAGAAGAAGAUGAUCAACCUGCAAAACCCAAAGAAACAAACGUCUCUAAAGUUGAGGACCUUUCUUAUCGUCAGAUUCGUGUGCUUUCAGACUUCUUAGAUCCUGACUAUGGGUGGGAAGAAUUUGCCCAUCACCUUUUUGAACAUGACAAUGAAAUGAUAAAUGAAAUACAAAAGCUUCGUCAUGAGUAUGCUGGAGGUGGUAACCCUGCAUACCUGUUCUUAAAACAAUUGCUUCAAAGAAGGCCGAACAUACUUUUGAAUGAAUUUUUGGAUGCUUGUAAGGAAGUAAAGAGAGCAGAUAUCAUACACUAUGCAAAUGAAAAUUUUAGUGGAAUUAGUUAUAUCAGCGAAUUAGAUAAAAACCAACUAAGAGAUUUCGCCGAUAAGGUACGUGGAAAUAUAGUUCCAAGUAAUUGGGCUGAAAUCGCAAGCGAGUUUGGCGAGUUUUCUUCUGAAGAUAUAAAAAGAAUAGAACUUGAAAGGCUGGCUCCAAAUAGUUAUAGUCCGACGAAAAAAUUGUUUGAAAAGCUUAAACAAAUUCAUCCAAAUAUGGAGUUAGAUAAUUUAAUAAAUGUAUGUGAAAAAAUCAGGAGGAAAGAUGUUGCUAAUAAACUUCGUGAAUUUGCAAUAAAUAAUAGCAGCAUAGCGCAAUAG